GAACCCUAUGGGCACAUGAACGGUGCGAGUCCCAGUAUCGAUGGAAAGAUUGAUAGCUUAUGAUACAGUAACACUUGUGCCGUGCUCCGUACCCCCCUUGGCGGGUGAGCGAGUACCGGUACCGUACGGUGCUGGUGCAUACCAUCUCCGUCGCUGAUGUUUGGUAAAUGGGAGAUGGCGGAUUCCCGCUGCUUCUGUGGCCUUCAGACGGGAUUGUGUGCGUUGCAACGCUGGCCUCCGCAGCCCGUACGAUACCUCCUCUUGGCUCCGUUAUUAUGAACCCGGUUGAUGCAAGCACUCUGCUCUGCUUGAGUGCUCAUAAGCUCUCGUCAUUCCACCUUCUUCCCCCAAACUCUCCACCAUCUCGCGACCGACAAACAUGCAGCCAGUAGAUUUCCUACGCUCCGAAGGCUUUAUCCCUCUCACCAGGGAUGCGUGGCAACUCCUCCUGAGGUGCUGGAGGUAUUUUCCCUUGGUAUGCUAUCCAUUGCUUCGGUGGCAUACGCGAACUUGACCAGCAACUGACUCGGCUCAGGUCGCGCCAAUUCAGUUGGCUCUCCCCAAGUUCUAUCCUUCCGGGAAAACCUCGUAUGCCUCCAUCUUCAACGUGCCCGGUGAGCCCCUGGCCCAAGCUUUACGCCUCCCUCCUGUCGACGCUCACUGACCCGUAGUAGGAAAGCCGGGAUGGAUUUUCAUGGAGCUCUUCUCUCCCCUCACACUAUUAUACACGAUCUGUACCAAUCCCGAGCGUACCGGCGAGAUUCCGAAAACCCAUACCUGGCUUGCUUCCCUGUACUGCAUACACUACCUUCACCGGGCACUUCUUAGUCCUAUACGGUUGGUGGAACCGAACCGGAGAUCCGAUUUUGAAGUCCGAACCUGACUUUCAUGACAUAGAAACUCGUCAAUGGGGCCCAUGAACUUCAUUAUGGUUUGCGCGGGAGUCUCGUUCAACAUCAUAAACGGUUCCGCAAUUGGCGGCUGGCUGGGCGGCUAUGGUUCCGCUGCGGAUGUCCCUGUCUGGCAGGUUUCGAUUGGGAGUGCCAUGUUUGUUCUGGGGCUCUGGGGGAACAUGUACCACGAAGAGAUCUUACGGGAAAUCAGAAGGGACACAUCUUUCGCCAAGGAUGCCGAAAAGCAGGGCAGACUGGUAAGGAGCGGUGGGAGAGUCUAUAAGAUCCCCGAAGGCGGCCUAUUUAAAUGGGUUUGGUGCCCACAUGUAUGUCUGCCUGCCUUUACCGGAUCCAGGCCCCAUGGGGCGCUAAUUCCUUGACUUGCGCAGUACUUUUGUGAAUGGAUUGAGUGGGGUGGAUAUGCAAUUGCUGGGGGAGGGUUCGUUAACUUCCUUCCCGCCACACUAUUUGUAGUCAACGAACUCGCCACUAUGCUCCCGAGGUAACACCCCCUCGCGAACCCGGCCGGUGGAGGGAAAAUCUAUCAAGUGGAUCGAGUACUGAUGUUUCUUCUCCAGGGCUAUGCAGCAGAAGCGGUGGUAUAAGAACAAUUUUAGCAAGGACGUUCUCCCAAAGAGGAAGGCUGCUAUACCGGGUAUCUUCUAAACCUCUAUCGCAAGCAACACCUUUUUGCAAUGAAUUUAUAGAUGCCCGCUCAGGGUAUAUAUAUGGUACCAAUAAUAAACGCUUUAUCCAAUG